ACAGGCCUACGUGCGAGAAGGUGGUCAAGGCCAUGGGAGGAGCAUUCUCAUCCUUCUUUCAGCGGCCUUCGAUGCCACCGGAGAACGUGCCCCCCGUCUCGAUUGUUGUGGUGGGAGCGUCGUUCGCGGGCCUGGCUGCCGUCCGAACCUUGGUCCAGGCGUCGGACCCUACGAAGAGAAGACCCUUUCGGGUGACCGUGGUGGAGCCCAAGGGCUACUUCGAGUACACACCGGGCAUCUUACGCGCCCUCGUAGCUCCCGAACAUGCCGAUGCUUUGUGCGUGCCUUUAAAAGAGAUACUGGAAAAGCCCUGGGGCACGCCCCCCACAGUGGAUGCCACUGAAAGUACAGGCCAAGUGACGUGGGUGAAGGGGUGGCUGAGAAAAAUCGAGACGAAAAGCAUUCAGGUCACGUGCUACGGGAAGAGGGAAGACCCACCGACGGAUGGACACGCUGUCGAUGGGAGCAGCAGCCGCGUGGACGAGAAACAUCCGCGGCAGGAGAAGCGCACGACGUACACGGUGGCGGUCCCGCGCGAGCUGUCGCCGCAGCGAGACAUGUCCUGA